CAACGUCAGGGAUAGCAUCAGCCACCAAUCUCAAAGGAAGCUGGUUACCAGUAAACACUAAAACAACUCAAUUCAUAAAACCGGACAGUAAUGAAAAGCGAACGUGAGCAAAAAAAAAAAAAAAAUCACCAAUCGAAUGUAGUGCUUUAAAAUAUGGGGUAUUUAUGAAGCUGCUGAGGGCGACAGUGUGUGAACGUUGAUCAUGUCGGACGCAGCUAUUGAGGAAGUUUCAGUUUUAUCGUCCAUUUACUGCAGAGACGGAGAGUUCCAAAUUGUUCAACAGUCUGCACAGGAUGGGCUGGUGGUCCAGCUCAACUGCACUGGUGGGAGAGGCGGGAAGCUGAAUGUGAGUGCAGUGUUCCAUCUAGAACCCAGCUACCCUUCCUGUCCUCCUCAUAUUUCUAUCUCCUCCACCGGCCUGUCUAAGAUUCAGUGUCACAACAUCAGGCAGAAGCUGAUGGCUCGAGCUGCAGAACUUCCCCUAGAACCAAUGCUGCUCCAGCUGGUGGAAUACUUGCAGCAGGAAUGUGUGGAACAGACAGAGGACCAGACAGGAGAACAGGACGGGACAGGGGAAGAGAAAGACAACCAGCAGGAGUGGACUGCGGUUCUGCUGCUUGACCACAUCAGAUCUCAAAACCGAUAUAUCAGACUCCUGGAGCGCUGGAGCCAGCAGCUGCAGCUCACCUGUAGACUUUUACUAGGACACAAUCCAUUGAUUAUUCUGCUGGGGGAAAGACCCAACAUCAAGGAGUUUUGUCACCGUUUAAGGACUGUUAAGGUAGAUGUGGACUCUUCAGGUAAGAAAUGCAAAGAGAGGAUGAUGAAAGUUCUUGCAGAGACCCCAUAUUCCUCCCUCUGUCAACAUAGCCUCCAGGGAUUUGUAGUGAAGGACUACAAGUCACUAUCAGAGCUGACUGCUGUCUUUGAGGAGCUGAACCUGGCUGAGCUUUACCAACAGAUGCUGCCUACAUUAAGCGGCUAGGAGAAGAACUGUCAUAUCUGCUCCUUAUGUCUGUUUAUAUUGGAUUCAUAGACCUACAUCUAAUAUUUGCUUUGUAUUUAAGCUGUUCAUUUUGUAUCAAUAAAUUUGUAUUGCUUUAAACUUCUGUCCUACCUUUUGUCCUGCUUAUGUGGUCUCUGUUACAUUCAAAGACAUUAUCAUUAAAUUGGAAUUAGAACAUCCCUGCUCUUCAAACCUCUA